AAAACAACCCUUUACAAAAAAAAAAAGGUAUGGUUGUCCACAGAGAAAUCGUCGACCAAGUUUCCGGCUGGCUCACGCUCUACGACGACGGUUUUGUUGAUCGGACAUGGACCGGACCACCACAAUUCAAGUUCAUGUCCGAUGCCGUACCACCACACCACCAUUUCAUCGACGGCGUUGCUGUUCAAGAUCUUUUCAUUAACGACGACGAUGACGGCCUUCGUGUCAGAGUUUAUCUGCCGGAGAAACCAGAGGAAAAGAAGCUGCCGAUAAUCUUGCAUUUCCAUGGUGGAGGAUUUUGUAUCAGCGAAGCCGAUUGGUUCAUGUAUUAUAAUAUCUACACACGUCUUGCCCGUGAAGCUGGAGCCAUAGUGGUCAGCACCUACCUCCGUCGUGCGCCGGAGCACCGCCUCCCUGCCGCCAUUGACGACGGCUACGCCACCCUUCUCUGGCUACAAGACUUGGCAAACCAUAAAACCCACCAACCUUGGCUGUCUUCGAAAGGAGACUUCAACCGUGUUUUCCUCAUCGGAGACAGCUCCGGUGGGAACAUAGUACACCAGGUGGCGAAAAAGGCAGCCGGAGAAAACCUCCAUCCACUGAAACUCGCCGGAGCAAUCCCGAUUCACCCUGGGUUUCUCCGAUCGGUUAGAAGCAAAUCAGAAUUGGAAAACCCACAAACUCCUUUUUUGACUCUGGACAUGUUGGAUAAGUUUCUGAAACUGGGGUUGCCGGAAGGAAGCACGAAAGACCACCCGAUAACAUGUCCGAUGGCGGAGCCGCUGCCGGAGUUGGAUUUUCCGCCGUAUCUGCUGUGUGUGGCGGAGCAGGAUCUUGUGAUAGAGACGGAGAUGGAGUUUUACGAAGCCAUGAAGAAAGGUGGAAAGAAGGUUGAAUUGAUGGUAAGUGAUGGAGUUGGACAUAGCUUUUAUCUGAACAAGAUCGCCAUUGAUGUCGACCCAAAAACUUCCGAACAAACCGAUAAGUUGAUCCAAAAGAUCUCCCACUUCGUUGAAAACCAUUAAUCAAAUUGUUGUAUCGAUCUUAAUUUCCAUAUAUUAAUUAAUUAAUAAUUAAUA